AUGUCAUCCAACUAUACUCCACCAGCUCCUGGCUCAAAGAUCAUCAUUGUUGGUGCAGGUGCACUUGGACUUUCGACUGCAUUUGCGCUCUCAGAGAAGAAGGAAGCCUAUGAUAUCCACGUCUUUGAUAGGGACCAAAUACCAGUGCCUGACGCUGCUUCCACAGACAUUAACAAGAGCGUGCGAAUGGAAUACGGCAAUGACACCCUUUACUUGAACCUGAUGCUGGAAGCCUUGCCAAUGUGGCAUGAAUGGAAUCGUGAACGUGCUGAACAAGGUGAAUCGCCAGUGUUCCACAAUACGGGUGUGCUUAUGCUAUGCCGCAAUGGACAACUUUCAAAGUACGAACAACAAAGCAUGCAACGGAUUCGAGAGGCUGGACAUGGUCAUGCGUUGGAAGAGCUCACUACCCCUGAGAGUAUCUUGGCAAAGUUUCCUCAUUUCAACGAUGCCGUUAGCAAUGGAUACAAUAUUGCAUGCUAUAACAAAGAAGGCGGUUGGUGUCAUUCGAGUGAAGCUAUCAAGCACGUGUACAACAAAUGCGUACGCAAUGGCGUCCACUUUACUUUGGGCAAGGACAAGGGAUGUUUUGAGCGUUUAUACAAGGAUGAAAAUGGUGCAGCUAUUGGCAUUGUAACCAAGGAUGGCGCUGUUCACCAUGGUGAUCGCGUGAUCAUGGCAACCGGCCCAUGGACUGCAGGGUUAAUUGGGUUACAAGAUAAGCUCAGGGCAACCGGCCAAGUUGUGAUUCAAUUCAAGCCUCCCACUUCAUCCAUCUUCCAUACUCCAGGCCAACCUGUGUGGUCAGCAGACGUCAGCAAUACAGGCUACUAUGGCUUCCCAAUUAACCCUGAUGGCAAAAUCAAGAUCGCUCGUCAUGCAGCAGGCUAUCUCAACCCACGCACUGAUGACAAGGUCUCUAUUCCUCGAACACAAACAUCCAAUCCUACCGAUACCAUUCCCAUCAAGGCGUUGCGUGAUUUUCGCGAAUUCCUCGCUAAUUUCUUCCCUGAAACCACAUCUAUGGAUGUUGCUUAUGCUCGUGUAUGCUGGUAUUCGGAUACUGCAGAUGGACAUUUCCUUAUAGCUCCACAUCCAAAGAUUGAGAAUUUGAUCAUUGCAUCUGGUGAUAGUGGCCAUUUGAUGAAGUUCCUGCCCAAUAUUGGUAUCAAGGUUGCCGAGAUUAUUGAGGGAAAAGAGAAUGACUACACCAAAGUUUGGGGAUGGCGUGAAGCACCAUCAAGUCAAAGUGAUGGUUCUCGUGAUGCUGCCUCGGCAAGUGUACCCAUACUAGAAGAUCCAAGUAAUGAAGAUACAAGGAUGGCGACUUUGGAGGAGUUAAAAGCAUAA